AUGGAUGCCAAACCUCCAAGUGGGCCACCACCAUCUGCUCCACCUCCACCAGAAGACCCUCCCCCACCUCCACCACCAGAUGAAGAUAAAGAAAAAAAUUGGCAGUGGGGUUUCGGUGGUGGAUAUUCAACAAUAAGCAAUACCAAUGCAAGUAAGAAUGCUUCAGGAGAUGAUGCAAAGUUGAUGAAUCUGGACACCAUCAAGGAAGCGCAUUCAUCUUGUGAAGACAGUGAUAUGAAAGUGUUGAAGGUGAAUGCACAUGAAGUGAGGGCUAUUUCUACGUCAGUAGCCUUCCAAAAGAACAUGGCACUCAAUGACAUCUUGAAUGCCACCUUUUGGCAUAGUAACUCAGUGUUUGCCUCACACUACCUUCGGGAGACUGAUGAAGAUCUUAAAGAAUUUGACAGGCAAUUUGCCAAUUGGGAGAAACAGUUUACACAAUGGCAAGAAGAGAAUAAGAACCAUCCUGACAAGUCUGGCCUUAAAAAAUAUGAGGAAGAUUGGAACAAGUGGAGAAGUGACCUUCUUAAGAAGAGGGAUGAGAUGUUGAAAAACAAACUAGAACAGUUCCAGCAGGAGAAUAGUUCAUUCUCCAAAGAGACACCCCCUGUCUCUUCAGGUAGUGGUAACGAUACUUCAACUAAAAAUACUACAAAUGAUGAUCCUAAUACCCAGCAGCAGCAGCAGUCGUCACCUCAAACGACUGCUGCUCCUAGCCAAGAGAAGUCCGAUCAGGUAAAUAAAAGUGGCAAUGCCAAUUGGCCAUCUGGUGUGCAAAGGCAAGGAGCCAACCAAGGAGGUCAGGGAGACUGGAUGCCGAAUAACUGGCAAUGGGGUCAAGGAAAUCAAAGUUCUGGUGUGGGAGGUUACAAUCAGGGCUUUGGUCCAGGUGGGUAUGGUCAGCCACCAGGAGGACCUGCAGGUUAUGGCAGUGGUCCCCCUCCAGGCCUAGGACCCUAUAACCAGCCUCCAGGUCCAGGGGGUUUUGGUCCACCACAAGGACCUGGUGCAUAUAAUCAAGGACCCGCCAGCUUUAAUCAGGGACAAGGUCCUGGUGAUUAUGGUACUAGUCAAGGCCCUAUGGGAUAUGGCCAGGGCCAAGGGAAUUUCAACAGGCCACAAGGGUCGGGUAAUCAAGGGAAUUAUAAUCAGGAGACUGAAAGAGGCAACUUUAAUCAAGGCCCAGGUCAUGGUGGGUUCAGUCAGGGACCCAAGCGAAAUGUUUUCAAUAGUGGUCCAGGUCAGAGUGAUACAGAAGGUCCAGGAAAUAGAGGCUUUAACCAGGGUCCAGAGCAAGAUAAUAUUCAAGGACCUGGUAGAGGUGGAUUUAACCAAGGUCAAGGAAGAGGCGGUUUUAAUCAGAAUCGUGUAGAAAAGGAUGAACAAGAUUCAGAGGGAUGUGGUGAUGAUUAUUAUAAUCAAGGGCCUGAAAGAGGUGGUUUUAAGCAGGGACCUGACCGUGGCGGCUACAGUCAAGGCACAAAUCGUGGUGGGAUUAAUCAAGGGACAGAUCAAAGUGAUUUUGGGAAAGGGCCAGAUAGAGACAGUUUUUGCCCAGGUCCAGAUGGUAGUGGAUAUAACCAAGGAUCUAAUCGUGGUGGAUAUGGCAUUGGCUCUGAUCGAGGUGGUUUUAGUCAAGGUCGUUCUGGUUUUAAUCAAGGGCCAGAUAGAGGAUUUCAACAAGGACCGGGUAGAGGUACAUUUAAUCAAGGUCCUGGUCGGGGAGGCUUUAAUCAGAGAUCUGAUGGAGGUAAUUUCAGUCAGGGCCCAGACUCUGAUUCAUAUAAUCAGAUGGGAUUAGAUCAAGGUGGUUUUAACCAGGGACCAAAUCGUGGAGGAUUUAACCAAGGUCAAAAUCGUGGCUUCAAUCAAGGUAUGGGACGAGGCGGACCAAACCAAGGAUUUGGUGGAAUGAAUCAGGGACCAGAACAGAGAGGCUUUGGCCCUAGCGUGAGGGGUGGAAAUGAUCGAGGACAGUCGGAUAAGCAGGAAAGCAAUAAUAAUGAGUUUGGACCAGGAAUGGGCCGAGGUAGUGGAGUGAAUAGGGGUGGAUUCGAUUCUAGUAUGGGUAGAGGACGUGGUAAUUUUGAAGAGUUCACUAAUGACCAGAAAAAUUUCAGAGGUCCAAAUCAAAGGGGAGGAUUUGAUGGUCCUCCUCCAGGGAUGAAUCGAGAUGAAAGUGAGGGUUUCGAUGAUAAAAUGAAUCAAGGAAUGGCUGGAAGAGGUGGUUUCCAGGGGCAGAGGGGAGGAUUUGGUCGAGGAGGAUUUGAUUCGUCUGGGUUUGGUCCAGGUGGAAUGGGUGAUAGAAGUGACAUUGGAAAUUAUGACCAAAGUGGCAGAGGACGGGGAAUUGAUAGUAGUGGGCGAGGGCGGGGAGGCUUAGACCAAGGUGGCAGAGGAAGAGGAUUUGAUCCUAAUGGAAGGGGUCAGGGUAAUUUUGAACCCGGUGUUGGAUUUGGUUCAGGCCUAAGAGGUCGAGGAGGGUUUGACCAAACACGUGGAGGUGGUAGAGGAGGUUUUGAUCAAAGAAAUUUCCCUGGGGACAACUGGCAACCAGAGGAACAAGAAGGGAUGGACUGGAGCAACAUAGACAGAUGGCAGAACCAGGACCAGUUUAGUGAAGGAAGUCGAGGUCGUGGUAACAUGCGUGGCAGAGGAUUUGGGCCAGAUCGUGGCAGAGGUCGUGGUCGAGGUGGUGGCCCUGGAGGGUGGUGGAAUAAUGAAAAUGUGCCAGAUGAUAGAAAUCCCCCUGACUGGACUAAAGGUAGGUUGUCUUAG